AUGGAUAUCUUUAGAAUUCUUUCAAGAGGUGCAGCUUUGAAGAAGAGUAAGGAUGUGACCACAGAUUAUGCUCUUCCUUCAGAGAGAAAAGUGAAACCUCAGACUAAAGCACAUAGAGAAGAAACUCUUAGACAACAAGUCGAUAAAGAAAUUGAUUUCUUUCAUACUAAGAAGAAAAACAGUAGUAAUGUUCCUGCUGUUGAAGAAGCAUCAAGCACAAAUACAGUCCUGGACAACACUGAGUCCACUAAUGAACCCAUAGAAGAAAUCCCGUUGAAAAUAGGUAAUAAGGAAGAUGCAGAAAAAUGGAGAAAAGCCAACAUGUCAAAAGUCAGUGGUGAUGAUAUUCCUCAUCCUAUUGGAUCAUUUGAAGAUAUGAUAAGUCGAUUUAAUUUUGAUAAGAAGAUUUUAUCGAAUUUAAUCGAUAAUGAAUUUGUGGAUCCUACUCCAAUUCAAUGUGAAAGUAUUCCAAUUACAUUGAAUGAUAAUGAUUUAAUUGCAUGUGCCCCUACUGGUUCAGGUAAGACUUUGGCGUUUUUAAUUCCCAUGGUACAUCAAUUGUUAACUUCUAGACCCAAGGGAAAGAAUUACGGCAUUAGAGGGUUGAUUAUUUCGCCAACCAAUGAAUUGGCUCUGCAAAUUUCUCAACAAUUAGAAACCAUUACUAGAGGUAAAAAGUUGAACACUACCAUACUAUCCAAACUGAUUGCCAGUAAGCUUAAGAAUGACAUAAUAAAGGGAGAUAAGUAUGAGAUAUUAGUGACUACACCAUUGAGAUUAAUUGAUGUUGUUAAGUUGGGGAAAUUGGAUCUUUCAAAAGUUGAACAUUUAGUUAUUGAUGAAGCAGAUAAGCUUUUUGAUCAAGGAUUUGUGGAGCAAACUGAUGACAUUUUAUCCAACUGUUCUAACAAACUGUUAAGGAAAUCAAUGUUUUCUGCCACUAUCCCAUCAGGUGUUGAAGCUAUGGGUAAUUCAAUUAUGAGAGAUCCUAUUAGAGUGAUUAUUGGGCAUAAAGAAGCAGCCAGUAGUACUAUUGAUCAGAAACUUGUAUUUACAGGUAAUGAAGAAGGGAAAUUAUUAGCCAUUAGACAAAUGCUUCAACAAGGAGAAUUCAAGCCUCCAGUGAUUAUAUUCUUACAAUCUAUCCAUAGAGCCAAAGCACUAUUCCAUGAAUUGUUAUAUGAUCGAUUGAACGUCGAUGUUAUCCAUGCAGAAAGAACUCCCAAACAAAGAGAUGAAGUGAUCAAGAAAUUUAAAAAUGGUGAUAUUUGGGUCCUAGUAACCACAGAUGUUAUUUCCAGAGGUGUUGAUUUCAAAGGAGUUAAUUUGGUUAUCAAUUAUGAUGUUCCUCUGAAUGCUCAAGCAUAUGUUCACAGAAUAGGUAGAACUGGUAGAGGAGGGAAAACUGGGAGAGCGGUUACCUUUUAUACUAAAGAAGAUUCUCAAGCCAUUAUUCCAAUUAGAAACGUCAUGAAACAAUCAGGAUGUUCUCAAGGUUAUAGUGAAUGGAUGGAAGGUAUUUCCAAGUUGUCCAAGAAUGAAAAAAAGUAUAUAAGAACUCAUGAAAAACGAAGAGGUGAAAUAUCAACAGUUCCUCAAGUAUUUAAAGAUAAACGAAACAAGAGGAAACUUAUGAUUGAAGAAUCUAAAAGAAAGAAACAACAAACAGAACAGAUUGCUACAUCAAAAUAG